AUGACUGAGUUAAAUGGAUCUGGAAAAUGGAGCUCUGAUGACUGCAAUGAAACAAAACCCUUCUUCUGCUAUGACGAUAAAGUGAUCCUGAUCAAAGAAAAUAAGACCUGGGAGGAGGCCUUAUAUUACUGCAGAGAGAACUACAGUGACCUGGUCUCCAUCACUAACCCUCACCAGCAGAGAUGGGUCCAAGAGAGAGCCAAGAACGCCUCAACUGAUUUCGUCUGGCUGGGACUGCGCUACACCUGCACUCUGGAUUUCUGGUUCUGGGUCAGCAAUGAUGUUGUCAACUAUACAAACUGGGCCCCAGGAGCAAAGACUGAUGACUGUGGCAUGUCUGGAGCCAUGGACAGAGGUAGACAACAUCAGUGGUUCACAAAGCCGGAUAAUAACAAGUUUAAUUUCAUCUGUUCUAAGUGUUGAAACCCACUCUGCUCACUGGUGUCAGAUGUUUUAUUCAUUCACUCACGUUGUGUUUAGUGGUGUAAUACUUUUGAAGAAGUCUACACUACAUAUCUUCUUUGGGUUUAUUGAAUGGCUUUUGGGGAAAAGUGGCCACACUGUAUUUAGUCGCACAGUACCACAAGAUUACUGAGGAUGUGGCCAAUAACAAGUUUUUCUGUCUCCUUUUUCUGAAUCACUGAAUGAUCACUA